AAUUCAAGAAUAAAUUCCUGUUUCAACUUUUGGAAAACAUGGGCGCCGCUUGUAACCUUGGAGGUAGUCUGUAAACAGUGCUGUCAUUAAUCAGCACGGUGAGUACGAUUAACAGAACAGCCAGAACACAAUCCCACCCCCCGGUUAGGCCGGUUUCGCGCCGAUAUUGUUUAGUGCGCGAUGGUCGCGCAGCAUUGCAAUUCAGCACAGUUAUUUACACUGUUUAAAAACCAUUAUCGCAAAAUAGCGUGUAAUUGUCACUGUCGCGCAAAUAUCGCCCGCGCGAUUGGUAACUUUCCCUCUCGUCUGCAUGCAGCAUGCAGCAACAAGAACGUCAGGUUAUUAGUCCGUGUCAACGUGUGCUGUUGGUGGGUGAUGGAAUAUGAAAUAAGGUUGACGUGCAUGUACACAGGCCUACAUACAUCCCAUACAACUUUCACCAUGGACUCGACAAAGAUGAAGACACCACACAUCCUGUGUACAUCGAAAUGGAUGAAAAAUCGACACAUGUGUCUACAGAGUUUAAAGUAGUUGCAGAAGGCGAGGUAGUUUCUGUUGUUGAUGAUGUAACAACAGCAGUCGCGUGCUACAUUUCCUCGUUUUUUGUAUUUCACCUGCAGUACAUCCCAGAACUAGUGAAGACAAUUGCUUUUUAUCAAUAUGGUGUUCUUAAGAUUGACGACCAGACUGGUAUUCAUAGUUCAUAUUCUUUGGAUUCCGUGACCAUUUAUUUGCUACCUUUUUUUUUCGAUGGAUUUGACGUCAGGAACCAUUUAAAAAAAAAAAAGCUCCUAUGAACCUCUGAAAUGUGAUAGGAACUUUUUUUAUUGCGCAAUAUUCAA